CCUAAACUUUACUGGUGGUUGGAGAACUUGCUCUUGUAGCCAUCAGCCUACGCUGAGAUAGACAGUCCCCAACUGGGCCAACUUCCACCGGUUCUGCAGUUCUGGUCCCGAGUCCUUCAGCUCUCCUCGCUCAUUCGUGACAUCGCCUCAGGUUGUGUACUUUUCCAUCAUGAUGGAAGAUUCGUCAGAGCAGUCCCACUGGGUGUCUCCAGCUCUCCUCAGCUCGGACCCUCUAGCCGGUUUCUCCUCGGAUCCCGGCCUGAUGCCUCCAGGUGAAGACAGUGAGGCCUUCUUCUCCGGCCAGGACACCGACUACGGCGGCCUGCCCUCUUUCUUCCCCAGCCCGAACCACAGCCGAGCGCCUUCUUCCUACAGACACAGCUCUGUCCGAACAGUGUUCAGCUCGCCGAGUUUCCUCAGCAACUUGCAGCUGCUGGACGGGCCGUCCAACCACUCCAUGAGCUCGCCCUACAACGCCCCGGCCUCCACUUGGAGCAGCAGCCCGCUCACCAAGGCGCCGCUGCACUCGCACUCGCACACCCCGACCUCGCUCUACACCCCCGGAGUCACCUCUUCUUUUACCACCUCAAGAGAUGGAUACUCGUCCCCGGGCAGAGAGGGCAGGGAGAGCCCCCGGCUGCAGGAGGCCCUGAAGGCUGAGCGCCUGAGCCCACUGGGAGGGCCGGGGGCCAGCAACAGCUUUCUGAACCUGACCCCUGCGGCCGGGAGCAUGUACACUCCGCCAUCUCACCCGCACAUGCUGAGCCCUUACAGCUCGUACAUGAGCGGCCCGCAGGAGUACAGCUCGGCGGCCCUCUACUCCAGCCCUGGAGCGUGGAUCAGCCCCUCGUACUCCCCCAAACUCCGCAACAAGCUGCGGAUAUCCACUCCAGAGGCCAGAGAGUGCGUUAACUGUGGAGCCACAGCUACCCCUCUGUGGCGCCGGGAUGGCACAGGCCACUACCUGUGCAAUGCCUGUGGACUGUACCACAAGAUGAACGGCCAAAACAGACCUCUAAUCCGGCCCAAGAAGAGACUGAUUGUCAGCAAGCGUGCCGGCACCCUGUGUGCCAACUGCCACACCAGCACGACAACACUGUGGAGACGCAACGCCAAUGGGGAGCCUGUGUGUAACGCCUGUGGACUCUACUUUAAACUGCACAAUGUCAACCGGCCUCUCACAAUGAAGAAGGACGGCAUUCAAACUCGUAACAGAAAAGUCUCCAACAAGAACAAGAAGAGCAAGAAGGCCGCCUUGUUGGAGCAGUACUCUGAGGUGGCUCAGCCGUCCUCCCUGGACGACAACGGUGGGCCCUACUCCCUGGGCCCCGGGACUCUCCUGACCUACAGCCACGCGCCGCACCUCAUCCCCACGCCAUCUCCCCUGCACCCCUCCGCCGGCUUGCCCUACACACACCACCUCAACACUGGCAUGGUGCCCACCCUGGUGUGACGUAACCGAACAGGCCCGUGUACAUAAAUAUAUUCAGGAAUUCAGCGUGCUUGCUAGUUUGCCAGUUAUUUGCGUGGAGUUGUACAAAUCUAUUUCUACAAUGGAUGUCACGUUACCAGAGCUUUCUGUUUUUUUUUUUGUUUUUUUUUUCACUGUAUUUCAUCAUAAGAUAUAUUUUGUUGACAUUGUGUUGAUGAGAUAAAAAUCAGUCACACACUGAGGUUGCUGGGCAUAUAAACACUGAUAAGGGGGAUUCUUUCAGCUGUAAAUACAAACACAAAUCUGAUCUGACUGCCAUAUCCGUGUGACAAUCCCGAUGUUGUUUAAGCUAGUCCGGUCUUGUGCUCUGUGGGUCUGUUUUGUAUUUGCAUAUGGAUAUGAUAUAUUGAAACUCUACAGAGAAAAUAAUAAAAUGCAUGAGUUGGA